AUGGCGGCAGAUACGCAGAGCGAGCCUCGCAAAGCCAGAAGGACAGCCAACGCAUGCGUCGCUUGUCGCCAGAGCAAGAUAAAAUGCUCGGGAGAUGAUCCCUGUCAGAACUGCCAGCGGCGCUCUGUCCAGUGUCGCUUCACGGAGGGGGGUACCAAGGUUAUGGUGUCUGAAAAAUAUCUUCAAGAACUACAAAAGCAGGUAGAGGAGCAUCGACGGUCACCCUCCAGCACCACCUUUGACUCACAGAAGCAACCGGGAGACGCGCCCUAUCACUCAUCUCCAACUGCCCAGGCUGCGUCUGCUCCUCCUCAGUACCGCUCUCCUCUCGAUAUCCCAACGAUCCAGACGCAGACCUCUCUUCCCUACUGCUCUCCCCCCGUGUCCCAGUCCCAGCUCGCCGACCAGUUCUCGCCAGGGCUUAAGCGCACCAGCGACGUGGCGUUUGGGCCCAACGGCGACGUUAAUGGUGAGUGCAGGGCCGAUACUGCUCUUGCUUCUCCUGCACUCACAGCUGAAGGCACCCAACAACAUGCCGCUCCCUCUGACCCUGCUCAAGUGCCAGCCUUCCAGCCGACCGACUCUCCGCUCAGCAUCUGGCCGAGUGCUUUCACAAUACCCUCCAAAAUCAUCAAGAACACACGCAAGAACAGACGCACCUGGAUAUGGCUGGCUCCUUGGUCCACGUGGUCCUUUACCCUCCGCCUCAUGCUCAUGCUAGGCGACAAGCUACAGCCUGGAGCGCAAAUGAUCCCUCCGCAACUCGUUGAGAAUGACAUCUACACCAUCUCUUGGAACGCGCAGUCGCCUCAUGACCUACCCGACAUCAGCGGCCUCCCCUCUCUCGACCACGCCAUCUACCUAUUCUACACCUUCAAGUUCCACCUCGGCCAGACGUACAGAUUAUUUGACGAGGUCGAGUUUGAGAACCAGAUCCGCGAGUUCUACGCCAAUGCUCAGCAAAAGGCCGUCGAGAACCGCCUCUGGUAUGUCAAGUUCCUGUUGAUACUGGCCUUUGGCACGGCCUUUCACACGUCACAGCCGACGCUGGACAACGAGCCUCCGGGGUCCAAGUUCUUUGUGCGGGCAAUGGGUCUGAUGCCAGAUCAUACGGCUCUCUGGAAGGAUAGUCUGUUGGCCAUCGAGGUCUUGGCUAUGGCUGGUCUUUACCUGUACUCGAUCGAUGAGAGGGAGUCAGCCCACGUAUAUCUUGGCCAAGCCAUACGGAUUGCGCAAUUAGAAGGGCUUCAUACCCAGUUACCAGAGAGCGAGCUGGAUUCCCAAACACUUACCUCGUGCCGUGAUCUCUGGUGGACGUUGUAUAUCAUGGACCGGCACUUUUCGUCAUCUCUAGGGAUUCCAAUGUCGGUGCAGGACAGCGACAUAACCACGACGGUUAACCCUCCAAAUAUUGGCUCCCAAGGGGACAGUGCUCGCAGUCUACAGGUAAACUUGUCCCAUUUACUAUCAGUUAUCCUCACCACACUAUACAAGCCUGAGAAAACGCCCCUUGUCACAUUUCUCGAGCAAACAAGAGCUAUUCUACAUACCUUGGCGCAUCAUGCUCAAGAGAUUGAAAGGAUUAUUACCCUCAAGUUCCAAAACUCUGUCGACACAAUGCCCCGCGGGACACGUUACAUCACAUUACUGUACCAUCAGUGUGUCAUAGUUGCAACGCGGCCUCUUCUCUUAUCCGUUCUCAAAGAGAGACUCGACAUGCUGGGACAUCCGGGCGACGAGAAUUGGGAGAGUUUUCUCAGUCAGACAGCGGCGGUAAUUUCCACAGGCAUCAAGUCGGCCGUCAAAACCCUGCAGAUCUUGACAACCGAAUACAGCCUUCUUGAGGUCUUUCUACCGUACGACCUCGAGUUCACUUUUGGGGCGGCCCUCCAUCUGAACAUGGCCACGGCCCUCUUCCCUGGCGUCGCCGACGACCAGGGCUGCCGACAGCUCGGCCACCAGAUCCUGGAUAACAUGAUCUCCCGGGGGAACCGAGUCGCCGCCGUUCGAAAGCAGGAGCUGGUCUAUCUCGAAGUCCAAUGCCAGGAACUCAUCGCCCAAGUUCAACAGCAAGGUCUUCAGACGCUCUCCCUCGCCGCACCUGAUGAGACGGCUUCAGAACUUGCUCGAAAGGUCGACGAGGAGCAACAGCAGAGGCUGCUCUCCGCAGAGACGGAUGCGAGUGCGGCCUUGAGCAUGGGCCCAGACUCGAUCAAUCCCAUGCAUUGCGUGCAUCCUCACUUGACGAGCAACCUGGAGUUUCUUGAUAAUAUUGGCAUCUCGUCAGAGGAUUUCUUAACGAUCGUUCAACAAAUAGGGGAUCCAGACACUAUGCCGGAAAACAUGCUGACUCUUGAAUGA